CAACGCACCACAGGGUCCAAGGAAGUGCUGAAAACAACGCCAGUUUCAUCCAGUUGUGGUAGACUUUCCGUGAGAGCGCUAAAACGGUAACAGGGAACAUCAUCAUGUUUGCAAUCAGAGCUGUGCUUUUUUUUCCGUUGGUGAUCAACGUCUUGGUGAAUGGAUACCAGGAAGAUAACGCGAAUGGAGAGUUAAAAGUCCUCCUAAAGCGCCUUCAGGAGCGUCUUGAAGAUGAAGAGCGAGGCUAUGAACUCCAGGACUUGAAAGAAAGAUGGGGGAGUAUGAGUGGAGUUGAAGUUGGUCCUGAUGUUUCCGCAACCUGUAAUGACAUGAUGCUAACCAACAACUAUAAGUGGGUUACUUUUAAAAUAGAGAAUAGCGUAGUUGUCUUGGAUAAAACUUCUGCCCCAAGAGGUAUAGAAGACGACGAAGCUCAGUUCAAUGAGAUGAAGAACGCACUUACUUCUCAACCACGAUACGUUUUCUUUGACUUUUAUAUCACCUCGAACACUGGUCAUGAGAUAAGGAAAGUUGUUCUUGUUCUCUGGAUCGAUGAAAAGAGGAGUAGAUUUUUCGACAGGAUGGCAUAUGCAUCCAAUGAAAACAACGUUAAGGACGCUUGUCCAGGUCUUAGCAUGGAUUUCAGCGCUGGAAGCAAGAGCGAUUUGAACUACGAAACAUACCGGGCCAAGGUUAUGAAGUUGUCUCGUUAAUUAUCAAAGAUAGCAAGAUCCGGAUUGGGCGCCGUACAAUGUAGUUGCACCAGCAAAACUUAUAAUGAUUAUAUCACCGCAUCAUUUUAAUAACCUAGCCUAGGCUUAUUUCACGGCAUUUCAAGGGAUUAACUGAUAAGAUUCUGGAAGUUUGAGGACAGAAAAUGUUUGUAAGUCAUUUGAGGUAAUCAAAAUUGGUGGAGGUUUCUUUAAAGGGGCUAUUAUACCUUUGGUAAUGACUCUGAAAUGUAGGCCUAAUGGCAAUUAACAAGUAAGAAGUAGGCCUACAACAGCUUUAUAUAAUAUAGUAUAUUGCAUUAAUGCGGGUAAUAUGGAAAAAUGUAUCACUUUUAUACCUGAAGUUUUGAAUCUGAGAAGCGUUACUGGCAGUAAUUUUUCUCAGAGUGUGUUUUCUAACCGCUCGAGAUUUCCGACAAUACCUCAACAACCGGAACUAUAAUUCCUUUUGAAAUGAAAUCUUCACAGCUUAUUUUUAUGG